AUGAGACAGUCCCGUGCGCGGAUCAAGGAUUUCACAGUCGGCUGGAUCUGCGCUCUCCCUAUUGAACUUACAGCCGCAAGAGAAGCUUUGGACGAAGAAUACGAACGCAUAGAUGAAGCGGCUCAAUAUACUUUGGGGCGUAUCGGCAAACACAAUGUGGCUGUGGCAUGCCUGCCGGCUGGUCAGCUUGGGACCAGUGCAGCCGCAGCCGUAGCCGUUCACAUGCAGAAGACCUUUCCCACCCUUCAAUAUGGAUUCAUGGUGGGCAUUGCUGGCGGCGUUCCAAGUAAGAGCGUGGAUGUUCGACUAGGCGAUGUUGUCAUUAGCCAUCCGCAGGGGCGCUACGGCGGUGUGGUUCAAUAUGACUUUGGCAAGACCGGAUCUGGUGGGAAACAAUUACCAAACGGCUAUCUCAACUCUCCACAUCCAAUCCUUCUGCAAGCUGUGGCAAAUAUGCGAGCUACCAUGACUGCCGGUCGCAGCAAGAUCCGCUGUUACAUGACAUCAUUGAACCAGCGUAAUUUGUUUCCCCGUCCUGCCCCAGACAGCGAGAACUUGUUUCAAGCCUCCUACGAUCAUGUGGUGGGUGGAACCUGUGAUCAGUGCCUCAAAGACAGGAUAGUUGAGAGGGCCACCAGGACAGGCCAGGACGAUGUUGUCAUCCACUUCGGCACAGUUGCAUCUGGAAAUCAAGUUAUCAAGGAUGGCUUGACACGGGACCGUGUGAGCGCUGAACACGGAGGCGUCCUAUGCUUCGAAAUGGAGGCAGCCGGCCUGAUGAACAUCUUUCCCUGUCUCGUGGUUCGAGGCAUCUGUGACUAUGCUGACUCCCACAAGAACAAAAGCUGGCAACCGUUCGCAGCGGCAGCUGCCGCAGCAUGUGCUAAAGACAUCCUUUCGUACGUACCUACAGUUUUUCGGAAUCUAGAUGACGAAUCAAAUCCUAGGCCGCUUAUUGAAACCAACGGUGCCUCGAAUGACGGCCCGGAGGUGUCGAAAACAAAUGAGUCGCAAAGCCGUGCGAAUAGCCAAGGUUCAGCUCCGAAGAAUGGACCCGACCCAUCAUCAUUGUACACAAAGUCUUCGCUUACAGCGGAGCAACUAAGGUCCUAUCAUGAAUCCUUAAACUUUCGUGAAAUUGAUGCCCGCCACGCCACUAUCCAAGACGCGCAUUCUGAGACCUGCGGAUGGCUCCUUGACCGGCCAGAAUAUCGAGAUUGGCUGGAGUUGGACAAACUGCCCGAACACCAUGGUUUCUUCUGGAUCAACGGGCAUCCGGGCUGUGGCAAGUCGACGAUAAUGAAAUUUGCUUUGGAAGCCACGAAAUGGAAGGUGGCCGACACUACUGUCAUCAAAUUCUUUUUCAACGCGCGAGGCGAGGCGCUUGAGAAGACUGUAGUGGGAAUGUACCGAUCACUCUUGUUCCAGCUUCUCGACGAAUUUACGGAUCUGCAGGAAGUCUUCGCAUUGCGACCGCCGAAGUUUUCAGAUGACCGAUCCUCGUAUGUGUGGAAUGUGGAAGCUCUACAGAGUCUGUUUGGGCACGCCGUCAAACGACUCGGCCAUCGCUCUCUGAUGUGCUUCAUAGAUGCUCUGGACGAAUGUGAGGAAAUGCAAAUCCGUGAGAUGAUUGCGUUCUUCGAGCACCUCGGCGACCUUGCGGCCUUAUCUGGACUGAAACUUCGUACGUGUUUCUCAAGCAGACAUUAUCCGCAUGUUACACUGGCGCAUAGUAUUUCUCUCGUCCUUGAAGACCAGGAAGGCCACCAGGAUGACAUUAUAAAAUAUGUCAAUAGUAAGCUCAAAGGAACACGCAGCAAGCUAUUUGAUGAUGUGAAGAGGGAAAUCUGCGAAAGGUCAUCUGGCAUUUUUCUCUGGGUGGUCCUGGUUGUCCAUAUAUUGAGGAAAGACGCCGAUGAUGGCCGCGUCCACGCGUUGAAGCAACGGUUGAAAGAAAUUCCCGAUGGACUGGACCAAUUGUUUGACGACAUACUGACCAGAGACACCCAUGAUGUGGAGAGUCUCAUCUUAUGCUUACAAUGGGUCCUGUUCGCCAAACGGCCACUGAAACCCAUUGAGCUGUUCUAUGCCGUCUCGGCUGGUGUUGAACCUGGCUCGAUUGCAGAAAUAGCUCCCGAAGAUGUUGACCCAGAGAGCCUUCGAAAUUUCAUCUUGAGAUUCUCCAAAGGGCUCGCAGAACUCACAAAAGGCGAGGUGAAAACAGUCCAAUUCAUUCAUGAGUCGGUGCGGAACUACCUUCUCAGGGCAAACAGUCUUGGACGACUUCGAGCAAACCUUGCGUUGAACUUCUCUGGAACUAGUCAUGAGAGACUGAAGAAAUGUUGUCAAGAUUAUAUCGAUGUCGUUGUCCCUCAGGAUUUAGACUUGGAAACGACAUUUCACUCCAAGUCUCUGGCAAAGCUAGUUGACGACGGGCCCCGCCUGGCUUCCAAAGCCCUUCCAUUUCUAGAGUACGCGGUCCGCAGCAUACUCUUCCAUGCCGACACGGCGGCAGAACACGGAUUAGAACAAGAAAGCUUUGUCGAGGACUUCCCUUACAGACGUUGGAUGGUCCUCAGUGACCUAUUUGUCGGGGACAAGACUCAACGCUACGGUUCCUCCGUUAGCCCCUUGUAUAUUUUCGUCUACGAAGGCGCCUUGAAUCUCAUUAGGAUUGAAGCCAGAAGGGUGCCACAUAUAGACAUCAAGGGUGGGUAUUACGGCUAUCCCCUGAAUGCCGCAAUAGCCCGGAUGAAUGAGCAAGCUCUCAAUGCUCUCUUGACCACAGGUAGUGGCGACCUUCCUUCUAACGGCACUAUUCAGGGUGAAGUACUCUAUGUGACAACCGAAGAGCGAGAGGCUGCACUCAGGGAGUGCUUGGCCAGCGCUGUUGACAGAGGUCAGACGCUUCUGCACUGGGCCGCGGAGCACGAAAAGAUUGACAUUGUGAAGAUCUUGUUAAUCACACAGAAGGUGAACGUCAACUCCAAAAAUGACUUGGGGCAGACGCCGCUGUCACUGGCGGCACUUCGUGGACAUGCCGGCGUAGUCCAGCUGCUGCUUCAGGCGAGCAAGGCGGAUAUCCAGUCCAAGAACGACUUUGGACAGACGCCGUUAUUGCUGGCUGCCAGCAGGGGACGUGGGGCGGUGGUGGAGUUACUGCUCGAGACCGGCAAAAUAGACGUUGACUCCGCAGACUCAGACGGCCUAACACCCUUAGCUUGGGCUGCACGCACUGGACAUGAGACAGUGGUGAAGCUGCUGCUCGAGACUGGCAAGGUGGACACUGAAUCCAAGGACUUAAGUGGACGGACACCUAUAUCAUGGGGAGCAUCGAGGGGUAAUGCCGCGGUGGUAGGGCUGCUUUUGAUUUUUUGGACGAUGGACACAAUAUCAAAAGGCAAGACUUUGGACAUGACAAGGCUCGGGUUGAAUUGCAAGGACCUGCAAGGAAGAACACCUCUCCAUGGAGCGAUCCAGGCAAAUGCUGUCGAAGUGGUCAGAUUCCUGGUGUCGAUAGACGAAGUGGAUCUCGAAGCUCCCAACAUCAAGAACAGAACGUCGCUCCAGAUUGCUCGAAGCCUGGACCUUGUCGAGGUGACAGAGGUGCUGUUGGAAGCACAACGCGACCGCGCAAACCGGAAGGCCUCUCGAUCAUGUAUGAAGGUCAGUGCCGGAGCAGAUUGUUCAGUCGGUACCACUGUGGACAAUUCAGCAGACGGAUUCAGAUGGGAUUUACCUCCAGAAUCCCUCUAA